AUGUUGCUCCCUGCUUGCUGGACUACAUUCAGAUUGCGUCUGAACGCCCACAAGCAUAUCACGCUGCGCAUGUGUGCACGUGAUCGGCGACAAGGCUCAUCCAGCAUGCGCAUCGAACCUCCUUGCAAAUCUCAGGCGACAGACGAGUCCUUAGGUGGAUGCGGAUUCGACUCACCUGUGCUACGCUCUCAUGGGGUCAACCGACCGCUCACAGAUUAUACAGUAAUGGUGCAUUGUCAUGCUGAUACGUGCUCGUGA